GCCGGAGAGCUGCUGGCUCAGGAGAUGGAGGUGGUGAAACAUGGGAUGAGUCACGGAGAUCUGUCUAUGGAGGCGUAUAACCAGGUGUGGGAGGAGUGUUACAGUCAGGUCCUGUACCUGCCCGGACAGAGCCGCUACACCCGAGCCAAUCUGGCCAGCAAGAAGGACAGAAUCGAGUCUAUAGAGAAGAAACUGGAGAUCAACAGAGGUCACAUGACCACAGAGGCCAAGCGUGCGGCGAAGAUGGAGAAGAAGAUGAAGAUUCUGCUGGGUGGCUAUCAGUCACGGUCCAUGGGUCUGCUCAAACAGCUCAGUGAACUCUGGGAUCAGGUGGAACAGGCCAACAUGGAGCUCCACACCUUCCAGGAGCUGAAGAAACAGGAAGACCACGCCAUUCCACGCAGACAAGAG